AUGCCUUUCGUACCACCCAAGCCGCUCAAUAAGCAGAAUCAAGGCACUGCUCCAGUUGACAACCAAAAUUAUCGUGGGUGGCCCUUGGCAAAAAUAACCUUUGGAAUAUCAAAAAAGAAACAAGAUGAUUUAAAUACGAACGCCAUUAGUCAUUCUGAAAAGAAAUCUGAACCAAAAUUUAUUUCUAAAAAUAAAUCAGGUGACUUAGAUCGUGAUAGUGCCAUUCAACAAGUUAAAGAUAUAUUAUCUACCUCUCCUCAAAUAUCAUCGUCCCCAAGAAGGAGAUCAGCACCUGAAUCAUAUACAAAAAAACCAACUCUCUCAUCUCUCAAAGUCGAUUUACUUACUCCAAUUUCAUCUGAAAUUCCUUAUUUACCAAGAAAAAAAAGUGGUGAAGUAGUAAAAUCAUCACUUAAAAAGGGUAAAUCUGAACCAACGACCCCCACUUUCCCAAAAUACGUACAUUUUAAUACCGAUUUAGAACAAAUCAAAUUAUUCAGGGGAGCCCAAAAGCCACGUGCAGUUAGUGCUGAAGUAUCUUCGGAUGAAUCCGAUGACGAAGAUUUUGACCUUUCAAUAUCAAAACCAGUAUUUGUGGAUGCGAUCUAUUUGUCUCCAGAUAAACGAAAACUUAAAGGUCGUAUUCAAGUUCAAAAUAUAGCAUUCCAAAAGAGUGUUGAGGUUAGGUAUACAUUUGAUUUUUGGCAAUCGGUGUCGGAAGUAUCAGCCUCUUAUGCUGAAGGUGUCCCAGAUAAAGAUAAAGAUAACAAGAAUAGUUUUGAUCUGUUCGUCUUUGCCAUAGACCUAAUCGAUAAUUCAAGGAAUCAAAUUGAUGGCAAAACAAUGUAUUUCGCGGUUCAUUAUAAAGUUGAUGAUCGUGAUUAUUGGGAUAACAAUAGCGGAUCAAACUAUCAAGUAAACUUUAGGAGAAAGGAGAUUUCGUCAUCACAAUUAGUAUCAUCUGACAAAUACAAUAAAUCGAAAUCACCACCUUCAACUUCCUCUAAAUGGUCAACUCCGACUAAUCGUGCAAGGAAUUUCGAAGAAUCACCACCUGUUCGUUCCCCACCUAUCAUGAAUUCAUCAUCAACUUCAUUAGCCAUAAAAAAAUCUAUGGGUGGCCGUUAUGACAUUGGUCUCUCGUUGAUAGCAGCUCAAAGUGUUAGUUCUAUCAGACCCAAUCCUAUCAACACUAAUCAUACUUUUCAACAACAAUCUUAUUAUUGCAAUGAGAGCUUUUCAGCAUUUUUCCCUGGUAAUUGUAUUGAUGGUAUGCCAGUAACAAAAGGACCAACAGAUAGGGCAUCAUGGGAAAAAAACUCACCUAAUGGAAUUGGACUUGGUUUCGAAAAGUUGAACACCGCUUCAAAUCCAAUCGCUAUACCUUCAGCAAGACCUGCAAUUGGAUCAAGCUCUUAUUGUGAACUUGUAAAACAAUAUUGUUUCUAUAGUGGUUCACCACCA